AUGGCUUCCAUCACAUUUCCCUCUCUCCUACGCACAUCAGUGCGGUCGGUUCGACCGCGUGCUGCUCUCCCCGCAAUUACCCCAAGGUUUUCGCGAUUCCUGUCGACCAAGCAUCCUGCCGGCUUCGAGCCUCCAACGGAGGAGGACCUCCUGGAGCUUCGAGAACGCGUGCAGGAAUUCACCCGCCGAGAGAUUACUCCCGAAGUUGCCGCGCAAACGGAUCAAAUGAAUGAGUUCCCUGCCGAUAUGUGGAAGAAAAUGGGCGAUGCUGGGUUUCUGGGAAUCACAGCCAACGAGGAAUACGGUGGUCUUGGCAUGGGCUACCAGGCCCACUGUGUUGUAAUGGAGGAGAUCAGCCGUGCAUCAGGAAGCAUUGGCCUUUCGUAUGCCGCACACUCUCAACUCUGUGUGAACCAGCUGUCCUUGAAUGGAUCCGCUGAACAAAAAGAGCGCUUUUUGCCUGGACUUCUAUCUGGCGAGAAGAUUGGUGCGCUCGCCAUGUCUGAACACUCAGCGGGCUCUGAUGUGGUCAGCAUGAAAACUACCGCCAAGGAAGUUGAUGGUGGCUGGGUGCUGAACGGAACGAAGAUGUGGAUCACCAACGGACCUGACGCGGACUACAUUGUCGUGUACGCCAAGACUGAGCCUGAGAAGGCAUCCAAGGGCAUUACCGCUUUUGUCGUUGAAAAGUCCUUCAAAGGCUUCUCGUGUGCUCGCAAGCUGGACAAACUCGGUAUGCGUGGUUCAAACACUGGAGAGCUUGUGUUUGAAGAUGUUUUUGUCCCACGCGAGAAUCUACUUGGUGAGGUGAACAAGGGCGUCAGAGUUCUCAUGGAGGGUCUAGACCUCGAGCGGCUUGUUCUGAGUGCCGGUCCACUCGGCAUCAUGCAAGCCUGUCUCGACUUGGCCCUUCCCUACACUCACAUGCGGAAGCAGUUUGGGACACCCAUUGCCCACAACCAGUUGAUUCAGGGUAAAUUGGCCGACAUGUACACCAAGCUUGCCGCCUCACGGGCAUACACAUAUGCCACAGCUCGGGAGAUUGAUAACGGCGCAGUCUCCCCGAAUCCGAUGACCAUUCGGACUCAGGACUGUGCGGGCGCAAUCCUGUAUGCCGCUGAGCGUGCCACUGAGUGUUCACUGGAUGCCAUUCAGUUGAUGGGCGGAAACGGAUACAUCAACGAGAUUGCUGCUGGUCGACUGCUUCGCGAUGCCAAGCUAUACGAAAUUGGAGCUGGCACGAGUGAAAUUCGCCGGAUGGUCAUUGGUCGUGCGUUCAACAAGGAAUAUGCUUCCUAG